UUUCUCAGCCCCGCUAAACCCUACCCUAAUAAAACAUUGAAACCCCAAACCCCUGUCAAAUCUCCCCAAAAAAUGUACGGACAACCACCACGCUUCAGCCAUGGCAGCCAUGGCCGAGGCCCCCCUCCUCAAUUCAAUCCAAUUCUCCCUCCAAACCCUAAUUUCUUGCCACCCCAUCUCAAUCAAUUCCUCCCAAACCCCAGAAUCCCCCCCAAUUUUCCAUUCCAGAACCCUAAUUUCCGGUUGCCGAACCCAGGUUUUCCGGUCUUAAGGCCUGAUGUGCCGGUGGUUAAUCCCAAUGAGGUUCUUGAAAGGGUGGAUAGAGCUGUCAAAAAGGCCCGGGCUGACUUGGUGGCCGCCGGAGAUAGUGUGUCUACUUGGAAAGUCAGGCAGGCUGCAUUGGUCAUUCUGAAGAUUGAUUCGUGGGACUCGUUCGGGUUUCAAAUGCAGGAAGUGCCGUCGUUGUAUCGGCUUAUGGUUACUGAAGGAAAGAUUAAUGCAUUUAUUCACUGCUUUGUUGGCGUUCGGAAGAUAACGUCAUUGCACGAUCUGGAAUUGGCAAUUUGCAAGAAUGAGGGUGUUGCGAAGUUCGAAGAACUUGAUUUAGGCCCUAUAUUACGGCACCCACUUGUUGUGCAAUAUUUUGGUGCAAGCCCUAAUGUGAAGGAUGUGUUCAAGAUUACCAGUGAAGAGAUUAUAUCUUUUAUCUCUAAGUUGAUUAGAAAAAAGAAACAGAAAGAGAUAACUGCUGAUGAGCUACUGGAUUACAUUGCAAAGAAAAAAUCAGUAGAUAAGAAAGAACUGCUCAGUGUACGGAUUCGGAGUUUAGUGAUGCAUAUUUCUUAUAUCCAACAAGGAUGGAAUUCUGAACAGGCUGCAAUUAAUAAUUGUUUAGGGGAUGCAAAUAUUACUUCUGGUAAAAAAAGCAGGAAGCUUCCUGUUUCCUCACUGAAAAAAGAGCUGGAUGAGCAUAUUGGUUUGAAAUCAGAGCCUGAAAAUUUAGGGGAUGGAAAUACGAUUUUGGGUGAAAAAAGACGUAAGCAUUCUGUUCCAUCCCCACAGAAAAAGAAGCUGGAUGAGCACAUUGGUGUUAUAUCAGAGCAGGUCAGUUCAUUUACCUCUAGACACAAGGACAUCAGUGAGAAGCACAUAAGAUUUACGUCAUCAGAGGAUGAUGGUGAUACUUCAAAUAAUAAUAAAGGCAAUGGAAAUGAAAGUGUUCCUCAGAAUUCAUGCAGUUCUCCAUCACAAAUUGUAAAAUUUGACUGUAGUAGCUGUCCUUUUCCAUCUUUGGACGAGGAAAUAAAAAGGCUUCGUUCGAAAGGUAAAGCAGGUCCUAUCCCCUCUCCUGCUAGUAAGACUUUAACGCACAACGGACAAGACAGGCCAUUGAAAAGAAAGAGAAUAUCAGAAGAUUUAAGUACAGGAACCCCAUCAAGCCAGAUGCUGAAAAGAGAUGAGAUCGAAGCACAUGGCUUGAGUAACAAAAAACUCUUAUCAAAAGAUAAAAAGGAGCAAAGUUUUCUCCGUCGAAUCAACGAAGGAGAUCUUGCACGUGACGUUGAUACUCUCAGGACGUUCAUCUGUAUCUGGAAGGAGGCAUGUAUGGAGAACAAACUUACCCAGGUAUUGGAUAUGAUGAUUGAAUUCUAUCAAACAAGGAAUGGGGAUAGAGUGAAAGAGAUUUUCUCACAAAAACCAUUCGCCGAAUUGCUAAAUGUUGCUGUUGAGGCUAUUAAAGGAGUAUCUGAUAGCAUGCAUGGCACUUCACAAAUUUCAAACCACCAGGGUGGUGCAAAUCCGCAUUCAAUUAACAAUACAGUUAUAGAUCAACUUUCCGUAGGCACGGUAGAGGAUAAAGUGUUAACGGGAAGAAUUGGAGAGUUGGUAGCUUUUAGGUACUUUCUGGGGAAGUUUGGCGGAACUUGUGUUAAAUGGGUCAAUGAAACUUUCGAGUCGGGAUUUCCUUAUGAUAUUGCUGUAGGAAAUGAAGAAAUGGGUAGGGAAUAUAUAGAAGUAAAAGCGACCAAAUCUGACAGGAAAGACUGGUUCAACUUAACAGCUAAAGAGUGGCAAUUUGCAGUUGAGAAAGGGGAAUGCUAUAGUAUUGCCCGUGUCACCUUGCAAUCUAACGACAUGGCGAAGAUCACGAUAUACAAGAACCCUGUAAGACUCUGCCAGCUAGGACAGCUGCAGUUAGCGAUGUUGAUACCUAGACAGCAGCAUGGCAAGGAAAUUCCAGUUUCAUCCUGAUAUCACCUUGUGCCGACGUAGAAGAAUCUGAAAACACACAAUAUCUUCUGCCGUCUGAGCAUUAUGUAUGUCACAGAUACAAGUCCUGGGACAAUUGUGCAAGUUUUGCAGCUGUUGGAACCCAAUAUACAGUGGUAGGAGCUUUUUAGCAUUGACCUUCCUACCAAUACAAAUUUUUCUUUCUUAAGAUUGUUGUUGGAAAAUCUUGACAGUUUUUACCAUAAGGAAGCUGCUGAUGUUAUUCUGUAGCUUGAAAAUUGUGGUCAAGAAAUUUGAAUGUUUGCAGAGAUGGUUGCUUAUUUAUGAGAAGAAACAUUGAGAACAA